AUGCCUGGCAUCAUCGACCCUCCUGCUCCGUUGGGCCCCAUCACACGAGAAAUGUUGAUUCAACUCAUGACUCUGGCUCGCGACACGUCCUUUCCGGAUGCCCAAAUUCGAGCCAUCUGUGACACCGUGACGCAGGAGAAUGUCAGCGACUCUAUCGAGCUACUGCGCCGCCUUCAUGCAAGCCAGGAGACUUCGCUCGUUCUGACCUCUGCUGCCUCGCCUGUCCAGUCCAUCUCCAGCUUUGAGAGCAGGCCUCAAGCCCGUCCAGUCAAGAGAACAUCCUCCGAGCCCGGUGCUGUACUUUGUGCCGAUACAUUCUACAGACUGUGCAAGGACGAUCGAAUCAAGCUACAGCGUCUGAGUGCGUUCUGUCCAUUCACUCUGGUCUUCCGCAAGUGUCCCCACGGUGGUGGAUGUCAGCUGGAGCAUAUUUGCUGGGUGUGUUCGACCGCCUGCUCUUGCCACAGGCAUCGACUGACUUUCAUACAGGAUGCCCAGUGUAAGCGCCCAGCCUCUUGCAGGUUCUCGCACAAGGUUGCUCCUACAUGCGACUCGGUCUUCGACGGAACCCGCUGCUCAAGAACCAGAAGGCUUGUGAACGACAACAAGAAGAGAGCAUGCCCACGCAAUCACGACUACAAAGUCCGCCUGUUCAUGGGCGCCAUGCGUGUAUCCCACGAGCUCGGCUUCUAUGGCGUAGACAGGGAUAAAAUCGAUCCCAACGUCGCCUUUGUGAAGAAGAUCGGUGAUGUUGUCGAAAGCGAUUGGAUGGCGUCUGAUGUCGAGGAAAUCCACAGUGAGCACGAAGGAAAUGUGCCUGCAGCUGGAGUCGAGGAGAGCGAGACGCAUGACUGCGGCGACAAGGAGAAUACAGAAAAUGUUGCGGGAGGUGAUGCGGUCCCUAACACCGAUCUCAUGUGGUUCUCUUGA